GUAAAGUGUUAGUAGAUCAGAUCGCUUGCUCACUUUAUUUAACAAAAUCAAGUUUUUGUGGAUAGUGAAUAAUGAUAUCUUUGCCAAGAUUUUGCAGAUUUACGAUGUUUAUCUUUUUCUUAAAGACCGGAAAUUUUAUUGUUCAACCAGUUUCUCAAAAACUUGAAGACAAUGAAUAUGCUCAAAAAUCGUUGCAGAGUGAAAGUAAACUAGAGGUCGUUAAUGAGUGGAAAUACCUGGACUUUGAAUAUUCAACUUUUGUGCAACGACAACAAUCAAUUUUGAAUGGAGACUUUGUACCGAAAAAUAAUUUACCUUUGGGAAUUGACGUCCAUCAAAACCGCCUCUUUGUGACUACACCCCGUUGGAAAGAUGGUGUGCCUGCUAGCUUGGGUACCAUUCCAUUUCCUCCAACAGAGUCAAGUCCAGCAAUAAGACCGUAUCCAAACUGGGAGGCACAUGGAAACCCAAAAAAUCCCGACUGCUUGAAGUUGAUGUCGGUGUAUCGUACAGCUGUUGAUAGGUGUCAACGAAUUUGGAUUAUUGAUUCUGGUAUUGUCAAUGCUACAGUCAAUUUAAAUCAGAUUUGUCCGCCAAAGAUUGUUGUAUACGAUCUUAAAAAAGAUGAACUAAUUAUUCGGUACAAUUUAGAAGCUUCUCAAGUCAAACAAGAUUCCCUGCACUCUAAUAUUGUUGUGGAUAUAGGAGAUCAUUGCGACGAUGCGCAUGCUAUUGUAUCGGAUGUAUGGAGAUUCGGGCUGGUUGUGUAUAGCCUUUCAAAGAACCGAAGCUGGCGUGUAACAAAUUAUAAUUUCUAUCCUGAUCCAGUUGCAUCAGAUUUUAAUAUUUACGGAUUGAACUUUCAAUGGCUGGAUGGUGUUUUCGGUAUGACUAUAUCUUACAAUGAAAAUAUGAUGCAACGCGUUCUUUACUUUCAUCCAAUGGCAAGUUUUAAGGAGUUUAUGGUACCGAUGGACCUCCUCUUAAAUGAAUCUCUGUGGAAAUCAAACAAUCAAGAUAAUGCGAAGUAUUUCUUUUCGAUUGGGGAUCGGGGCUACAAUAGCCAAUCAUCCACUUCUGCAAUUACAAGGAGUGGCGUAAUUUUUUACACAAGUUCAUCAAGAUAAUAUUGGUUGCUGGGACACAUCAAAACCAUAUACUCGAGCACAUAUAGAAAGAUUUUUGGAAAACGGCCCAAAUUUAAUUCAAUUUCCAAAUGACUUAAAAGUAGAUAACGAAGACGACCAAAGUAUAUGGAUUAUAAGUAA